AUGGCCUUCGAGGAAGCUCGAGACUUACGAAGCGCUGCUCAGGACCCGAAGAGAGUCAAGGAGCGAAACAGCAAGUGGUCCCGAGGCCAACGACCAUCACCUGGUUGUAACUCCAUUAUUCGAGAAGAAAUAUUGAGUGGCAGCGAAAGCCAACGCGCAAAAGUCCGACCGGAGCGUACUGACAAGUCUUGCAGCUACCACAUUCGCAACCACAACAUCGUCAAGGCCAAGCUAGCGCACGACGUCCCAUUGAGUCGCUCCCGAGCCAAGGUCGAGGCCAUGGAAGAACUCGCCGAUUCGGCCAUUUCGCGAUCACUGAUCGACAUGCUUCCUUCCCCAAAUUCUCGGCGAAAGCCAAGUGUUUCGGAUAAUUUCUUAUAUAACUUCGACCGGGCUGAGAGUCCUGGCAAGCCCUUAUCACUUGAUAUUUUCGUCAAGACCAACAGAAAGGAUACCGAGAAGUUCAUCGAGAAGGAGUACGAGAUUUUGGACACCAACGGGGAUACGCUCAAGGGUCGAAAGGCUCGCCAGAACCUCCGCCGUCCGAACUAUGCGGCCGUCGUAAAGGAGCCGGAGAUUAUCGAGGAUGAUGGUUUCGAGCUUGUGUAA